AUGAGAGGAAUAUCUGCCACGAUUGGCUCGCCAGAACAGAAUAUCGUGCUUUUACCUUGGGCAGAGCUGAACAAUACUUGGAUCUACGAUGAUCAACCGUACUGCGACAAAACGGUCAUAUGGAAUGAUCAAAUUUGCCAGAUCAGAAGAGGUGGAUUCUAUGAUGAGGCCAACUCGACAUCGUUCACAAAAGCAAGCGACAUCGGAGAUGCUGGAGGUUCCACGAACGAGGUCUCCUUCCAGGGAGCGGAGUCUGGGAUCAAGAAGCUCGUCGCAACCGGACUCGCUGGUACCGAUAAUCUUACUCUCGAAGGAGCACCGACAGUAGACGACCUACCGAUUGGCAUACCGCGUCUCAAAUGGGAUGCAGGUUAUACGAUGCUUCACCCACUCGGUCUCGGAUCCAACUCGACCUACCUAAACGCUCUCAAGGAAGCAGGUAAGAUCAGUUCACGAGUAUGGUCCAUCUUCUGGGGACGGAUGUGGGUGAAGACUCCCAUCGAUGGUUCUUUGGUAUUGGGUGGAUAUGACGAGGAAAAGGUUAUUGGAGCGAACUACACAGCACCGCUUCGAUAUGACGACUACACGGGAACUGCUGGAUGUUGGACUGGGAUGAAGAUUACCAUCUCCGAUAUCCGAGUCAACUUCCGUGACGGCUCUGAUGAGAGCAUAUUCCCAUCUAACACAGCGCUGCCCUGUUGUAUUGUUCCUCAGAGACAGCUUCUUCUUGAAGCACCUGGUGCAUAUGUCUCCAGUUUCGAAGAGGUGACGGGAACCAACCAUACAGAGAAUUCGUAUGGUCUUCAUUGGUCAGCUCGUCUGAUCGAUGCUGACAAGGCAUUUGAUGGUGACAUCACUUUCCAUCUUAACUCUGGCAUGCAAAUCAGGGUCCCAAACGACCAAUACAUCGUACCUUUUGUCGACAUCGAACGAAGCGGCGCUCGAGUUGUCAAACUAAAAACGAAGGAACUUCUGAUGAAUGGCGUUGCAGACCAGCCUGCCACUCUGGGCCGUUACUUUCUCACCGCGGCAUAUCUCAUGGUCAACCAUGACGCAGGAACUUUCACGCUAUGGCAGGGCAAUCCGACGCAAAGAAGCAAGCUUGUGCAAGUCUACGAUCAAAAGACUGCUGAUGAAUGUGGAAAGGAUGGCACCGGUAUAGUCCAGCCCACAGUUAGUGCUGGUCCGGACGAUGAAGUCAAAGAAGCGGCAGGUCAAUCAGAUGCGUCUCCGUCUUCGCCUCCAUCUGGGGCAGUCAUUGGCGGCGCAGUAGCAGGUGCUGUGGUAUUGAUAGCAGUGCUAUGCCUGGGAGCUUUUUUCUUUCUGAGACAGAAGAGGAAGACAGUCACGGAACAAGAGUCAUCUGCACCUCCUGAGUAUGUGCAUUACGAUAAAGCUGGAUUUCCAGCAUGGCUUCCGUCACAGGAGGUGGCUGGAUGCAAGCCAAUGCCUGCAGAAGUAGAGGGCCAGUCCCAUUUUGUAUAUGAGUUAGAUGGUGAUGGACAUGGGUCCCGACGGUAA